AUGUCAAAAGAUACAACAAAAAUCAUAUCAUCAACACUAGAAUCAGUAAAGGGAUUUCUAAGAGAAAUGUUAGAGAUGAUACAGAACUGUGACGUAGAUUCACUAACUUUUAAUGGUACUCGAUAUCGAGCCCCAUGGGAAUUACUAAACGCAAGGUUUAGAAAAGGAACAGUGAUGGUUGUUGGAGAUGCCAUGCACGUAAUGGGCCCAUUUCUCGGAGAAGGAGGCUCAAUUGCAUUAGAAGAUGCUAUCGUUUUGGCUAGAUGCUUAGCAACACAGAGGAGAGCAGAAAUAGCACUUGAUCAGUACAUUGGGGAGCGAAGGAUGAGAUUGGUGCAGAUUUCUACAAAAACAUGUGCUAUUGGGAUGCUUCUAGAAACUUUGUUUGUGGUUCUGAAACUUCUAUGCAUUAUCUUGAUG